AAAUAAUAACAAUAAUAAUUGCAAAAUCAAAAUCGAGAGGCUAAUGGGGAAGACAGGUUGGUCUACUCCUCUGCUUUUCCAAUCAAAACUUCUCUGUUUCUCUCUGUUUUACCUUUCCUCCUCCAUCUUCCUCGCUCUCUACACUUCCUUAUCUGCUUCCAAAUGCCUCUUCCGUUCCUCUCCCUUCGAUCCCAUUCAGUUCUCUCUCUUCUCUUAUCCCUCCUCCUAUGGCGAACACAAGUACGCCGUUCCCACUCUCCGAUCCUCUUGUUCUACCCCUGUUUUCUUCUCAGAUUAUUGGAUGGUUUUUAACGAGAUCCAGGCAAUGCUGUCCAAUUCCUCUUCCCCAUCCUCCAAUUUGAGCUACCUCCUUGCUAAUUCCGAUUCUUUCGCCGGCAAUUUCACUGCCCACAAGAGAUUUUCCUUCUUCGAUUAUCGAGAUUACGGUAACGCUACCGUUCCGGUUCCUUGUGGGUUUCUCAAGAAAUUUCCUGUCAGGGAUUCUGAUCGUAUUGCCAUGGAGAGUUGUAACGGUGUGGUUGUAGUUUCGGCGAUUUUUAACGAUCAUGAUAAAAUUCGGCAACCGAGAGGCCUUGGAUCGAAGACUUUGGAUAACGUGUGUUUUUUCAUGUUUGUUGAUGAAACUACGGUGAAAGGAUUGGAGAAUCAUAAGAUAAUUUCCGGUAAAAACUCAUCGCCGGAUAUAACAAUUGGGGCUUGGAGAAUUGUAAGAGUUUCUAGCAAGAAUCUGUACGAAAAUCCGGCGAUGAAUGGCGUAAUACCAAAAUAUUUAGUUCAUAGACUGUUUCCGAAUUCUAAAUUUAGUAUAUGGGUGGAUGCAAAGCUUCAGUUAAUGGUGGAUCCAUUGUUGUUGAUUCAUUCGUUGAUUAUUACCGAGAAUGCUGAUAUGGCUAUUUCUAAACAUCCUUAUUAUAUUCACACCAUGGAAGAAGCUAUGGCCACUGCUAGGUGGAAGAAAUGGUGGGAUGUUGAUUCUUUGAAGAAACAAAUGGAAACUUACUGUGAAAAUGGGUUGAAACCAUGGAGUCCCAAUAAGCUUCCCUAUACCACAGAUGUGCCUGAUAGUGCUUUAAUCUUGAGAAGACAUGGAAGGGGAAGCAACCUAUUCUCAUGCCUUUUAUUCAACGAAUUGGAAGCUUUCAACCCAAGAGAUCAGUUGGCUUUUGCAUUUGUGAGAGACCAUUUGACCCCAUCAAUCAAAAUCAACAUGUUUGAAGGAGAAGUUUUCGAACAAGUUGCUUUAGAAUAUAGGCAUAAUCUCAAAAAGACAAGAUAUACUGGGCCUCAAUUGGACCCCCAAAUCUCCAAGCCCAAACGAACCAAACGGGCCGGCCCUGAUUUGUUGUAUGUCAAUGGCAGCUGUUGUAGCAAGUGCCUAAACUAUCUUCUCCAGAUGUGGGGUGAAUGAAAAUGAUGUUCAUACGACGCCGUUUGGAAGCUAUGAUCUAGUUUUAUUUAUUUAUUUAUUAUUAAAAAUAUAGUUUAUAUAUACAUUGGAAAAAAACAUUAUAACUUAUAAUAUUGAGGAUUUUUUUUCUCUAA